AUGACUGCCAUUCCGGUGGUCUUUGAUGCGACGGCGCUGAGGGAUGAAGAGACUCUGCAAAGCGCAAUUCGCGCUGUUGAGCAGAUUCUCGCUCGCCCCGAUGUUGAUGUGGAGGAGGCGAUUUCUGAGUUGCUUGAAUCGUCCACCAAAGCCCUUGAGCUUGUCCUUGCUUGUGUAAGCAAGACGACAUUCGACCGCAUCUUCUCCUCCAUUUGCGAAAACUUUCCGUUUACGUCUGAGACCUUUACCUCUUCGGUGGCCCAUGCCCUACUCACUCGACUUUCAUUGUUCCUCCUCUUUCUCCCCGACGUGCGAUCGCCCCAGCUCUCCCAAACCCGGCUUGCAAAGCAGCGCAAUCUCACCGAGACAACCAUCGCGGCGCUUCAAGUCCUCGCCCGGCUUCGAUUCCCUGAAGUCGCUCCACAAGCCGAGGAAGAUGUCGACGACUUCGGCGAGGUCGAGUUCGCGGUCAAAAGGAAGCCCAAGAACAAACACAAGCGCAAGCAGUCGAAAGCGCAAUACACCUAUGUCUCGGACGCCGACCGCAAAGUCAUCCUCGCCCAUCCCGAGGCGAACAAGGUGCCAUCAACAAAGGAGGAGGCAAUGGACUUGAGCAUGCGUAUGCUGGAGGAGCGGAAGGACGUUCUCAAGGUGCGCACAUUCUUUUCCCUAUGCGUACGGCUCUUUAUGUCCCUCAAGGAGCUCUUGAAGAUGCUCCGAAGCGACGGUCUCUCCACCGUUAUCAAGAACACCUUCUACUCCCUCCCCACCUCUGAAGUUGUUGACGGUACCCCCGAAGACGACGUCGCGGACGCUUCUUUUGCUUCUUCCAUCGCUGAAGGGGCUUCCUCCGUCGCCGAAGAUCUGCCCCCAGUCCUCCCGAUGAAAGCCGCUUUGUACUUCGACAGUGCGACCGGCUUCGGUGAAUGGCGCAUCCUGAUCUCGACGCGUGCGGAUCGGGAUCUGCGACAAGCAAAGAAGAGAGAUGCCAAAACGUUCACCAUCUACAUCAAGAAGAUCAAGGAGCUCUCCCGAGGCCAUUUCUCCGACGACAACCAGAAGCGCCUCACUGGGCUCGACGUCGACAUACCUAUCUAUGAGGCAAAGAUGACCGGUGACACGCGUCUUGUGUAUCAGGUUGACUGCAUCCCCGAGUUCGAGAGCCCGGUCGAACGACAAGUAUUGCGGAUUUUCGGGAUCUACACCCACGCCCAGCUGGAUCGUCGAUUCUGGGACUGCGCGAGCCGGCACAUCGGUCGUCGUGGUGCAGAGUACCGCAAGAGAUGCACUUACCGCAACCCACCAGUGAAUCGUGGAGACAAUGUCUACUCUCCGGCGUCGUGGCCCCCUCCAGAGCCCGUACCCGUGGAACCUGUAUCAGGGCUUUCCGAGAUGCGGAAGGAGGAUUUAGAGGAGAUUCAUUCGUUGCUCGUGCUCGAGAAAUUUGUGACAUUCUCGCAAGCCCUCCUGAACAGCAUCCUCGCGGAUCAAGACGUCGCCCAUGUAUUCAAUGUCACACCUCAAGAGCAGAAGAUUAUCGAACAUCCUGCCUCAUGCUAUGUCCUAGGGCGAAGCGGUACUGGGAAAACGACCACCAUGCUAUUCAAGAUGCUCGGGAUUGAACGCGCAUGGGAAAGUCAUCGCGAGUCUAUGCCCAAACCACGCCAGCUCUUCGUCACGCAGUCUCGCGUCCUCGCCGAAAAGGUCGAGGAGUACUUUGUCAAGCUCCUCGAUUCUCUCGCUACCGCCGGUCAAUCGCCGACAGAGCUCGUGAAGAUCGCCGCACGGAAGAAGCAGCAACAAGAGCAGGGUCUCGUCGAUCGCGAUGAAGAAAUCUACUGGCGCGGGGACCUGCCGAAACGGUAUGGUGCUCUUCAGAACGAGCACUUCCCGAUGUUCGUCACCUACGACCAUAUCUGCCGACUCUUGGAGAAUGAGCUAAUUCACAAGAUGGACGCGGGAGCAAGCAAGGAAUCCGGAAUCCGUUCACUGGAGAGCGCACUGAGUAUCUCCGAGUCGCACUCGCGUGAAGAUGCUGUUUCGAACGACUAUAUGCAACAACGUCGUGACUCAUUCGUUUCCUUUGGUACCUUUCUCGAAGAGUAUUGGUCACACUUCCCACAAACCCUCACCAAGGGCCUCGAUCCGACGCUUGUCUUUGGGGAGUUCAUGGGCAUCAUCAAGGGUUCAGAGCCCUCCUUGGACACACCCGAAUGCUACCUUGACAAAGCCACCUAUCUCAAACUCAGUCACCGCACCCAAGGGACCUUUGCGAACCAGCGCGAAUGCAUUUACAAGCUUUUCACUGCGUAUCUAAAGCGCAAGAAGGAGCGCGGAGACUACGACGCUGCAGACAGGACGCACGCUCUCGUCAGUGCAUUGCGGCAACAGGGUGUACCAGGACAUUCGAUUGACUUCAUAUACGUCGAUGAGGCUCAAGACAACCUACUGAUCGACGCGCUCGUUCUUAGAAAGCUUUGCCGCAAUCCGCAAGGACUCUUCUGGGCCGGCGACACAGCUCAGACGAUCUCCGUCGGCAGCGCCUUCCGGUUCAACGACCUCAAGGCGUUCCUAUUCCGAUACGAAGAGGCCAAUGCUAAGCCUGGUGCAGGCGUACCGCCUUCCCCCGAGUCUUUCCAACUCGCCAUCAACUAUCGCUCACACGGCGGAAUUGUCAACUGCGCCCACUCGGUCAUCGAGCUCAUCUCCGAGUUCUGGCCGCACGCCAUCGAUGCGCUAGCGCGGGAGACUGGAAUGAUCGACGGUCUCAAACCCGUCUUCUUCCACGGGUGGGAUCAGAACACCGUACGCUACGAGCAGUUCCUUUUCGGAGAAUCGGGGAAUCAUCUUGAGUUCGGUGCCGAGCAGUGCAUCCUGGUGCGAGACGACGCCGCGCGCGACAGGCUGAGAGCACAAGUUGGGGACAUCGGCUUGAUCAUGACGCUGUACGAGAGCAAAGGCCUCGAGUUCAACGACGUCCUGCUGUACAACUUCUUCGAAGACUCCACCGUCGACCUCUCUCAGUGGCGCGUCGUCCUCAACGCGCUUCCACCGGAAUCUCGCGUCAAUCAUCCCGCGCCCCGCUUCGACGACGUGCGCCACAGUGGCGUGUGCAGAGACCUCAAGUUCCUCUACGUCGCGAUCACAAGAGCGAGGAAGAACCUGUGGAUCGCAGAUGGAUCGGAAAAGGGAGAACCUAUGCGAAUCGUGUGGUCGUCGCGGAACCAAAUCCAGAGCUGCACUCCGGGAAGCGAUGUGCCGAAGCUGGCGAUGUCGUCGACCCCGGAGGACUGGGCGAAGACCGCGCUCUCGCUCUUCAACAAUCGCCGGUACAUGCAAGCAAUGCACUGCUACGAGAGGGCGGGGCUCACGCGCGAGAAGGCCGUCGCCCACGCCUACCACCUGCGUGAACUCGCGCGCAGCACCCCAGUGACGCGUGGCGAGAGCACCGCGAAGGCAGCGGCAUUCGUCAAGGCCGCGGACGCGUUCGUCUCGUCUGCCACGGCCGCGGUGACGGAGAAGAAGGCGUACUACCGCAUUGCGGGCGAGUGUUUCGUCGCAGGCGGUGAUGACGUCAAGGCGGCGCAGGCGUAUCGUUUCGCGGAAGAGUACACUCUGGCGGCACAGCACUUCCGGAAGGCGGGCAAGUUCGACGAUGCGAUCGAUGUGAUCCAGUCCCACAAGGGCUUGGUCGCGGCGGCCGUGGCGGACAGCAUCCUCGGCGUGUCGAAGCUGUACUUCUUGCGCGAGAAGCAGAUAAAGAAAGCACGGGCGCUGUUCGAGACGGACGAAGAGGCGCUGGAGUACAUGGACGACUUCGGGCUGGAUAUCGCGCGGGCGUCGCUGCUGGAGGACAUGGGCAAAUUCGCAGACGCCGCGGAUGUUCAUUUCGCGGAAGGGAAUGUGCUCGAAGCCAUCCGCCUGCUCUCUUUAGACACCGACAACACCGCUUCGACGAGGAAAGCCUUCGACUGCCUCCUGGAAGGUCUUUGGCAGCGCCUAUCUCUCGGCGCCAUAAUUUCCGAUGACGACUUGAAGAGCUCUGGCAUCGUCACCAAAUUACUCCGGCUUUCCGAUGGUCUGCCAAUUACCGGUGUAGAUGAGAACAUACGGAACGAGGUGACAAUGUUCUCCGCGAUCGCGCAUCGAGACCACAACACGCUGGCCGCUCUCGUUGACAAGUUCAAGGCUCAUAGCAACAAGCCGGCCGCUCUUCUCUGCAUGGAACAUCGAUUCUCCGUACCCUUUAAGCUCCAGAAUGCUACACUGCAGGAAAUUGUCAAUGCGCAGCGCGACUUCUCCAGCUACGUCACAGACCUUCACCGAAUCUGGUUCCUGGCGAAACCAUGCGACAGUCUCCACGUGCGGAAGCUUUUUGCCUUCUCUCCGUCUUCCGAAGAUACCUUCAUCCUACCUCCGAAUUCUCUUCUUGCUUCGCAGUGUCACCCACGCAUUACUCCAAGCUACCGAGUGGUCGACCAGGGCAUAUCAGUGUCGGUUUGGGAGCUGGAGCACCUCAUCAAGGUCGUGGUGAAGACGAAGCUUAUGAAGGUUGUGAAUGCCGAGGACCAACACUGCCGCAAUCUCCGUCUACUGAAACCUUCUGCGAGCCUCGAUGUCGCUUCGUAUCAUCUUCGCGUACGUGCGCACCUGCAACAGAUCAUAAUCUACCACAACAUGCAUAUAGGCGAGCACAAGACGACGUUUUCGCUUCAACAAAUGUACUGGCUUCGCGAGCUACAUGACUCCCUGUUCCCUGCCCACUACAAACUCGGCGGCUACCACCUCUUGAACCCAGGCUUGAUCCCAGAAUUUGGCCAAAGCAUGCACAUCACGCAGAUGUGGGUCGAAAAGCUGCUCUACGAAAUCGAGCCGUAUGAGCUCCCGCGGCAUUUCCUCUCGAACUUCCUUCGAACGAUCCGUUUAGCGUUGUCGUUCAACUCUAAAGCCGCCACGGGAUACCUCCCUCGCAUCAACGCAAUCGCCCAGUACAGACCUCCUAUCCUUCUCCGCGGAAUCGAUCGACAGUACGUCAUCAACGACCUGGUCGGCUUCCUGCACCAAAGGGACAGAGCAUCCUUGAGCAUGGGCGUCCUCUUCAUCAACCACGUUCUCGCCAAUCGGGUCGCCUUUGACAUUGGUCUCCUCUGCGACCUCAUGGACGAUGUGUGCAGCCGCCUCAUCAUCUCUAUGAGGCUCCAGGGGGGAGGGACUCUUCAUGACGUCACGUUACCGAAGAGUUGGCUCCUCAAAGCGAUGCCCUACCUCGACUCCGUGCGCAUUGCUGACACUCGCAUGGCGCAGCUAUAUAUGAAGGAUCAUAUGGGCGAUCUCCUGGAGAUGAUCUAUAGCGUAGUGGGGGCCGAUCACCUUCAGUUCGAAGGCCGUGAGCUACCGAAGAUGGGAUUUCCCCUCAGGAACACCUUCUUCGCCAGAGUAUGCAAGAACUUGUGCCUAUGGGGUUACAACACGCAAUGGUACGGCCUUCGGGAAUUAAUUGCGCGAUCAAUCUCGUCCGUGGACAAACCCAACAGGUCAUUCCAUCACACCAUUGAGAAGUAUAUCAGCGCCAAAAAGUGGGACAAGCUGGCUCGACUGGCUCGGCAGUCGGCAGCAGACUCCAAGCUGGACGAGAUGAUUCAACUCCAUCACUCCAUGAAGCCGAUCUACAAGCCUCCAAUACCAGGCGUGCGCCGCAUUAUCUACAACAAGUUGGAAGACAUCCAGUGGUUGCUGAAGACGGACGGUUCCGGCGCGCAGACCACGGGUCUUCGUGCUGACGCACUGCCUUUCGUUCCCGUCAACGCCCCCACCCCUGCAGUCGAGCCGAGCGCGAGCGAGGAAGACGGUGUGGCCGAGGGCGAAGACGACGCGGUGGACGAGGAGGUGACAGAGGGCCCCGACCAAGCCGUCGACGUCGACGCGAUCACCAAAGACAUCGCCGCGGAGCAGAAGCGCACGGCGGCCGCCGCGCCUACCGCCCAGGAGAUAAGCGCUGCAAACAAGAUCGCGAGCGCGUACCAGCGCUACCUCGCGCGCACACGCGUCCCCAAGCUCAGCAAGGCGCGCCGGCGGUGGCAGAGGAUCUUCGACAAGUACGCCGCGCACGCGCGUACCGUCCAGUGGCCGCAUGCGCACUACCGCAUGCUCUUCCUCGGGCCCGUCCCACACCUAGCGUCCGCAGUCGAGAUGAUGAAAUAUUACCUGUACGAGACGCGGAUCCAGCUUCGCAAGAAGCUCAACAUCGCGAAGCACCUGGAACUCGAGACGAUGGGGUCUACGUUGACACAGAUGAAUACACUCUUCAAGAGAUCCGACCGUCUCCACAAGGACCUAGCGCCGACUGCCGCAGUUCACCAAGAGCGUGACAUCGAGAAGUUGAAGAGUCUCGUGCUCGAAGCGGAAGAGCUGGCGCGCGCGCUCCCUCCGACGGCAGAAUGCGAGAAGGACAUGAAGCUUGCCACGCGGGGCAUUGUCGCCGUUCCCCAGCCGCCCAAAGCGCCGCCCAAGCCGCAGCUCAAUGUAGGGGUGGACGGCGAUAUCGAUGGAGUCAACGAGGGCGACAGUGAUUACGACGAAGACGAGGAGGCUGAAGAAGACGAGGAUGGGGAGUGCUCGGACGAGGACGGGGACGAAGACGGCACUGAGUACACAGACUCCGAUGAGGGCGAGACUACGGACGAGGAUGAGUAUUAG